AUGGCCGAGCAGGAGCAGGUCACGACGGCGGCCGACGCACGACGCUACGGCGCCGACCUGCACGCGAUGGAGGAGACCGCGGAGUUCAUGUUGUCGUACAUCUACCAAAGCCUCCCCGAGUACCCUCUCUACAACGGCACACGGCUCACCGCCCUCCCCGCCGCCCGCCGCGCCGACCGCAUCAGCCGCCUCCCCCGCGACCUCCUGCGCAACAUCCUCGCCCGCCUCCCCGUCAAGGACGCCGCGCGCACCGCCGCGCUCUCCUCUCGCUGGCGCGCGCUCUGGCGCUCCACGCCCCUCGUCCUCGUCGACAUCCACCUUCUCCCCAAAGCCCAGGACUUUAGCCCCAUGCCGGCCAACACGCCAGCCGUCACCGCCGCCGUCUCCCGCAUCCUCGAAACGCACCCCGGCUCCUUCAGCUGCGUCCACCUUCUUUCACACCUCAUCUGCUGCCGCUUGGACGUGUACAUGGCCAAGCUCGCGCGCUGGCUCCACCUCCUCGCCGCCAAGGGCAUCCAGGACCUCAUCCUCGUCAACCGCCCAUGGCCGCUCAAUGUGCCGCUUCCUGCCUCGCUCUUCACCAUCACCACCCUCACCCGCCUCUACCUUGGCGUCUGGAAGCUGCCGGGCACGGCCGCCCUGCGUGGCGGCUCCUUUUCCAACCUCCGGGAGCUUGGCCUCUGCUUCGUCGAAAUGGAGCAUGGCUUCGUCGACUCCCUCGUCGCCAGGAGCCCCGCCCUGGAGGUCCUCAACAUCGUGGGAUACAUCAAGUGCAGGCUGCGUCUACGUCUCGUCAGCCAGAGCCUGCGGUGCGUGCAAAUCUGCGGCUCUGUUCUGGAGGACAUCGCCGUGGUGAAGGCUCCAUGCCUCGAGCGGCUCAUCCUGUCAUCACCUUACACGCCCAAUCGUGGCUUGUGCACGAGGCUCAGGAUUGUCGAUGCCCCCAAGAUGCACACCUUUGGAUAUUUAGAGCCGGGGCAGGUCCUAGAGGUCCAUGGCACCGUCAUCAUGCCCGGGAUAAAGCCUAGCGAACAUGCCAUGCUCUUGGGUGUGAAGAUUCUGAGUUUGGAAGUGUGUUUCGGAGUUCGCAAUGACGUUAAAAUGGUGGCUACCUUCCACAAAUGCUUUCCCAAUGCCGAGAGACUGCAUAUUGUGAGUAAAAAAUGUGAUGAACCCACUGGUGAGCCCCUCACCGUCAAGUUCUGGGAGGAGUCUGGUCCCAUUGAGAACGUCGUCUCGCGCAUCAACAUGGUGACUUUCCGUGAGUUCAAAGGGGGCCGAGGCGAGGUUGGUUUCCUGGAGUUCGUCUUUCAGAGUGCGUGCGUGCUGGAGAUGGUAGCUAUUUUCAUGGCCAAUCCAAGCUUCACGCCGUUCUCGACGGACGAGGCGCUUGUCAAGGCGCAAUACAGCGCUAGAAACCUGGCAAGUAAAUCCUGCAAAAAGUGCAUCAUCUGCAGUAGCCGUCCUGAAGACGGCGAUCCUUGGAGCCUGAGAGUCGGGGCAGAUUUCUCCUUUGAGGACCCGUUCACGGUGAGGGAGGAGGACAGCUGAGCUUAUAGUUUCCGUGGAGAAGUGGACUCGCUUUUUGAUGCAAACUAUGACGUGUGGUGGUAUUUGUUGCUCGCUGUGCUGCACUUGCGAUGGUCUACUUUCAAAU